AUGAAUAGAGUCUCAUAUAUCCAUAAGGUGGUAAAUUCUUUAUUUACAAGUAGUCAACCCAAAUCUAAGCUCCAAGAUUUGCUCAGACCACCUAAAGCAAAUCAAACACUCAAAAAAUAUCUCAAGACCCAUUCUGCUGCAAGAGCUAUAGUAUUCUUUAGAAAACUUUGGAGGCAAAAUCCUUCUGCUGUGGACAGAUACUCAUCUUUGUUUGCUCUCAAGGCUUGUAAUCAAGAGUCCUUAAUAGUUGAGGGACGUCAAUUGCAUGCCAUUGUCAAGAAAGUGGGCUUUGAAUCUGUGAUAUUUCUCCAGACAUGUUUGAUAGAAUUGUACUCAAAGAUGGGGGAUGUGGGUUGUUCUCAUCGUAUGUUUGAUGAAGUAUGCUGCAAAAAUGCAAUCUGCUGGACUUCUUUGAUAACUGCGUAUGUCGAUAACAAUAUGGCUAGCAAAGCCCUUGCAAUAUUCAAGCAGAUGCUAAUAAACAAAUUUGAGCCCGAUCAUGUUACACUGACUGUUGCUCUAGCUUCAUGUGCAGAUCUUGGUGCAUUGUCCAUGGGAGAGCAAAUUCAUGCUUAUACUUACCGUAAACAUGGGCUCAAAAUUGAUCUCUGCCUCUAUAAUGCUCUCAUUGAUAUGUAUGUCAAGUGUGGACAGAUUAGAGCUGCACGCAGAUUUUUUUGCAUCUCUGGGGAAAAAGAUGUAUUUACAUGGACUUCUAUGAUUGUUGGGCAUGCACUACAUGGGCAGUCUCUAGAGGCUCUUGGUAUGUUUGCACGAAUGAAACAAACUAGAAGUUCUGACAAGGGCAGUAAAUCAUUUGUGCUUCCCAAUGAUGUUACUUUCUUGGGGGUUCUUAUGGCUUGUAGUCAUGGUGGGAUGGUAAUGGAAGGUAAGCAGUAUUUCAAAAGCAUGAUGGAAGAUUAUGAGCUAUGGCCAAGGCUAGCUCAUCUUGGCUGCAUGGUAGAUCUUUUUUGCAGAGCUGGGCUCUUGGAGGAGGCUUAUGAUUUUAUAUCAGGAACGCUAGUUCAGCCAAAUGCACUGAUGUGGAGGAUGUUGCUAGGAGCAUGUUGUAAUCAUGGUAAUAUUGAGCUUGCUGCAAAGGUUCGAUUGCAGCUAUUGAACUUGGAUCCAACACAUGUUGGUGAUGAUGUUGCCUUGUCAAACAUGUAUGCUGGAAGGGGGCUUUGGUAUGAAAAAAUGAUGGUAAGAGAUCGCAUAGAGUGUCGCCGGGUGCCUGGUUGCAGUUCAGUUGAGGUGGCAAGUGAGGUGAAUGAGUUUGUUGCCGGAGACACUCAUCAUCAUCCUCUGAAAGCUGAGAUAUAUAAUGUCCUUGAACACUUGAUGGGAAUAGUCAGAAGUUCUGAUCAUAUUCCAGAUCCAUCCGACAUCAAUAAUUAUUGA